AUGGGCGAGGACACGGACACGCGGAAAAUUAACCACAGCUUCCUGCGGGACCACAGCUAUGUGACUGAAGCCGAUAUCAUCUCUACCGUCGAGUUCAACCACACGGGGGAGCUGCUGGCCACCGGCGACAAGGGUGGCCGGGUCGUCAUCUUCCAGCGGGAACCGGAGAGUAAAAAUGCGCCGCACAGUCAGGGCGAGUACGACGUCUACAGCACUUUCCAGAGCCACGAGCCGGAGUUCGACUAUCUCAAGAGUCUGGAGAUAGAGGAGAAGAUCAACAAGAUCAAGUGGCUCCCCCAGCAGAAUGCCGCCCACUCCCUGCUGUCCACCAACGAUAAAACUAUCAAACUAUGGAAGAUUACUGAACGUGAUAAGAGGCCCGAGGGUUAUAACCUGAAAGAUGAGGAGGGGAAGCUUAAAGACCUGUCCACGGUGACGUCACUGCAGGUGCCCGUGCUGAAGCCUAUGGAUCUGAUGGUGGAGGUGAGCCCCCGGAGGGUCUUCGCCAAUGGCCACACCUACCACAUCAACUCCAUCUCCGUCAACAGCGACUGCGAGACCUACAUGUCCGCGGACGACCUGCGCAUCAACCUCUGGCACCUGGCCAUCACCGACCGGAGCUUCAACAUCGUGGACAUCAAGCCGGCCAACAUGGAGGACCUGACGGAGGUGAUCACCGCGUCCGAGUUCCACCCGCACCACUGUAACCUCUUCGUCUACAGCAGCAGCAAGGGCUCCCUGCGCCUCUGCGACAUGCGUGCGGCCGCCCUGUGCGACAAGCACUCCAAACUAUUUGAAGAGCCUGAGGACCCCAGUAACCGCUCCUUCUUCUCGGAAAUUAUUUCCUCCGUGUCGGACGUGAAGUUCAGCCACAGCGGCCGGUACAUGCUCACCCGCGAUUACCUCACAGUCAAGGUCUGGGACCUGAACAUGGAGGCGCGGCCCAUAGAGACCUACCAGGUGCACGAUUACCUUCGGAGCAAGCUCUGUUCCCUGUAUGAGAACGACUGCAUUUUUGACAAGUUCGAAUGCGCCUGGAAUGGGAGCGACAGCGUCAUCAUGACCGGGGCCUACAACAACUUCUUCCGCAUGUUUGACCGGAACACCAAGCGGGAUGUGACCCUGGAGGCGUCGCGGGAGAGCAGCAAGCCCCGGGCGGUGCUCAAGCCGCGGCGCGUGUGCGUGGGCGGCAAGCGGAGGCGGGACGACAUCAGCGUGGACAGCUUGGACUUCACCAAAAAGAUCCUGCACACGGCCUGGCACCCGGCCGAGAACAUCAUCGCCAUCGCGGCCACCAACAACCUGUACAUCUUCCAGGACAAGGUGAACUCCGACAUGCACUAGGCGCCACACGGCCACGCACGGAGCGGCCACCAGGGGGCGCCGGGCCGUCCGUCCAGCAUCCCGGGGCCGGACCGCCUUGGCUGGUGAUUGUUUGAAAACAGGAAAAAGGAUUCACAGUAAACCGACGUGAUUGUCGGCCUUGAAGUUCAGUUCUUUCAUCCCGUACUUUAACCGCGUGC